CAUAUUGAUCAAACGAAUAAGCAAAGUUGCAUUAGGUUGAAGACGAUGGAAAGGGAUGAAACAAACUGGAGCGAACUGGUUGAAGAUCUCGUUGAUGGAGGAGAAGUAGAAAAGGCCAUCUCUCUUCUCGAAUCUGUUGUUUCCAAUCUCCAAACUGAUACCGACUGUCUUCAGCUUUCCUCCGCCCUAUUCGAUUUGUCCAAACUCUAUUCCUCCCAAGGUUUCUCUCUCAAGUCCGACGAGAUUCGCACUCGCGCCCUUAUCGUCAGGGAACGAUCCCGACCAACCCACUUGCCUCAGGGUGAUUUAAAACUUGCAAAAGAUGAUGCUGCAAUCAUCGAUGGUUCUUCUAGUGGGCAACCGCUUGAAUUGAAGGAUGAUGUUUCCCUCUGUAAAGAUUGCUCAGAUGAUGAUGAUUGGGAGGCUAUUGCAGAUCAUUCUCUCAAUGAUUUACGACUCUCUCCAAAAUCCUUACCCUCAAAACCAUCACUAGAUGAUGUUAAAGUUCCAACCCCUAAACGGCGUGGAAGAGGAACAUUCGCGUAUAAGAAAGAGGGAUUAUACAGUGAUCAACUAACUGAUGGGAAUCCAAAGGAUGAUGAUGAUUCUGAAAGCCAAAGCUCAGAAAAAGAUUCUAACACAAGAAAUUUAAAAUGUGGAACACGUCACAUUCUUGUUCUAGCUGACUUUCCACUUAGCACCACAACGCGAGACCUUGAGAAGCUUUUGGACAAAUUCAAAAGCAGUGGCUUUGUGAUUCGUUGGGUCAAUGAUACUGUUGCACUUGCUGUUUUCAGAUCUUCUUCACUUGCACUUGAGGCAUUUAACUGCAUGAAAUGUGCAUUUACUGUGCGUGUACUUGAAGAGAACGAUGCACUUCUCAGCUCUAUUCGACCUAGAGAUCUGGAUCCCCCUCGUCAAAGGCCUCAAACAUCGACGAGAACAGCUCAAAGGUUAAUUGCACAAGGAAUGGGACUGAAGUUGCAGUCAACAAAUUUUGGGUCCAAGGAAUUGAGGGAACAGGAAGAAGCUAGGAGGAAUCGUAUUGUCUCGAGACAAAACAUGAAGGAAGAUGCAUGGGGUGAAGACUGAAAGAGUUGACGCUGCGUUUCAUGCCUCAAAUUGGUGUGUCAUUCUUUGUGUUUAUUACUAACACAGGUUGGUUUAAUUUUCUUGUAAGAUCUUUUGGAUGAAAGGACCAAUGGGUAUUCAAUCUGGGUUUUGUAUCAAACUUUGUGGUUUUUCUGAUAUCAAUGGAUUUGAAAUUGUUGUUGAGAGGAGAAAUGAAUAUAAGAUGGCACUUGAAAAAUUAAAAAUAAAAAGGAUUUGUUGUGCUUAUUUGUAUAGAUUUUUGCGGUAGAACUUUA